AUGUUAUCUUGCGCGUCCUCCUCCUUCGCGUCGUCGUCUUCUCGAUUUUCCGCCGUCGCGUCGACAUCGUCGCCGUCGUCAUCCUCCUCCUCUUCCAUCCGACGAGAGAACCAACAGAACCAUCGGGGAAACCACUUUUCCCCGAAGGCGAAGAGAUACUCGAGGACAACAAGACACCGAAGGGAGCGCGCGACUCCGCACAGAAUUUCCGCCGCGGCAUCGACAGAUGGCGUCGACCUCACCCGUUCCGGUAAAAAACGCGUCGUGAUAACGGGAAUCGGCGCGGUGACCGCGCUCGGCCACGACGUGGAUGAAUUCUAUUCGAGAUUGCUCGACGGCGAGAGCGCGAUAAAACCAAUCACAAAGUUCGACUGUUCGAACAUCACGACCACGUUCGCGGGGGAAAUUCGCAACUUCGACGGGUGCGACGGACUCGUCCCACCGAGGAUGGUGAAACGAGCGGACCCGUACAUUUCGUUCAUGAUUGCAGCGGCGAAGAAAGCGUUGAUUCACGCAGGGUUGGAUAUGCGAGACGGCGAAAAUGCGGAAAAGUUUAACGAGUUGGAUAAGCAGCGGUGCGGCGUGGUGAUCGGCUCGGCGAUGGGCGGGAUGCACAGUUUUCAGCAAGCGAAUUACGAGUUGUGGACACCAGGGAGAGGGUCGAAGAAAAUGAAUCCGUUUUGUAUUCCGUUUGCGAUUACGAAUAUGGGCGGCGCGUUAGUGGCGAUGGAUUUGAAAUUUAUGGGACCAAACUAUUCCAUCGCGGCGGCGUGCGCGACGGGGAAUUUUUGCAUGAUGAAUGCGAUGGAUCACAUAAGGAACGGGGAGUGCGAUUUGUGCUUAGCCGGAGCGUCGGAUGCGGCGGUUUUGAGCAGCGGGAUUGCCGGGUUCGCGGCGAGUAAAGCGUUGUCGACGAGAAACGACGAUCCGGAAGGCGCGAGUCGACCGUGGGAUAAGAAUAGAGACGGGUUCGUCAUGGGGGAAGGGUGCGGAGUUUUGUGUUUGGAGUCGUUAGAGAGCGCGUUGGCGAGAGAUGCCCCGAUACUGGCAGAGAUUUUGGGAGGUGCGGCGACGUGCGAUGCGCACCACAUGACCGAACCGUUACCAAACGGGGCCGGGGUGAGGUUGGCCAUUGGUAGGGCGUUGAAAAACGCCGGCGUGUUGGCGGAGGAUGUGAAUUAUAUCAACGCGCACGCGACGAGUACUCCAGCGGGAGAUUUAGCCGAGCUGAGGACGAUUACGGAUAUAUUUGGCGAGAAUAGUGAGUUGAAGAUUAACUCGACCAAGAGCCUGAUUGGACAUUUGUUGGGCGCGGCGAGCGCGGUCGAGGCGGUGGCGGUGAUCAAAGCCAUCGGCACUGGCGAGUUGCAUCCGAAUAAGAAUUUGGAGGACCCUGACGAAGGUGUGCGAACGGAUUUGUUGGUGGGAACGACGAAGGAGAAGUUAAAGGUGAAGGUUGCGUUGAGUAACUCGUUUGGAUUUGGCGGCCAUAAUUCGGCAGUUUUGUUUGCGGCGUACGAUGCGAAAGCCGAUACCUUCUGUCGAGCGGCUUCGGCGUAG